CUUCAGUAGCCUGCCUAUUCCUACACUGACUACACCAUAAAGACCUUGAAGGGUCCUUUCCGAGAACAUACCCACAAAUGGGCAAUAAGAGUCAUUUAGCUUAAUUCACCGAGCCUUGCCAACCGACCCUCAUCCUCAAUCCUUUGUUGUUUUUCAACAUCAUCAAACGCCAAAUACAAAGGUUUCCCAUCUUCCAUCUUUGAGCGGUUUUGAAGGAAAGGUCGAAGAAAAUGGCAGCAAUUCCAUCCACCGGCUCUCUCAUUGCCACCCAUGAUUACUACAGAAGGCGCAUAGGAUCCACCUCUAGCAACAGCUCUUGUGGCAGUUCUGAGUACGCUGGCGAAGUCAUUCCACACCCCCCAGGUCUGCAGAGACAGGACUCUGGUCACUGGUGGUCUUCUUUCUUCUUCCCAAACAAACAGAACCAGCCUGGCAGCAUGGUUGGAUCUGAACAGAAGAGUGGAACAUACACGGUGAACAACUGUCAGGUGACUUGUAUUGCCAGGGAGAUGGUGUUGAAGAGGCAGCUCAGUGAAAGCAGCGACUCUGGGAAGAUGGAAAAUGGGAGCCCACCACCCUCCUAAUUCCAUCUUCUCUUCUCCCCAAACCCUUAUCCUCAACACCCAACAUCCCACUCCUCACCACCCCAUGGAGAUGGAGGCAGUGGAGACUACUUUUUUUUACCUUUUAGUGAUGGAGGCUGCUUUUCCUCCCGCUUUGUUUAUAAAUAAUAUAUGAUAUCUUUUUAUAAUAAAGACUAAAAAAGCACACAAAAAAAAAAAAAAAUCCCCAGUCUCUGUCUGAUAUCAUGCUUUUUGCUGUUAAAUAAAUCAAAGUUCUUGCAAUUAA